CCGGGAAUGCUGAUCAGGAAGGCCUGGUGAACUAAUGGCCCUCCUAAGUACCCGAUCCCGGCGGUCGCGGGAGGAUGGCAUGGAUACUUCUGAUUCUGAUACAUUGCCAGCGGAUAGCGAAUAUGAGAAGCGACUUGAGAGCCUCAAGAACACACAUUCCCAGGGGCUGUCACAUCCUCAGACUGGAGUCGAUGUUCGGCGUGCCGAAGAGGACUUCGCUCAGCUUAGCAAGCAGCUUUCGGUUGUCUCGCGUAACAGCAGACGCCACUUCCAUUUGGAAGAAAAACAAGGUCAGAAUGAUGUUGAAGGUCUAGCAGAUCUGAAGAACAAUGGGAUCUUCAAGCUGCCCUUCACAGGAACCAGGCCGCUGAAGUCGAGGCCGGAAUCAGGCCGAAGCGUCAUUUGGGAGGAUCUCACGGUGCGUGGUAUUGGAGGAGUCAAGAACAUUGUCAAAAUGUUUCCGGAUGCAAUUAUCGAUUUCUUCAAUGUUCCAGGAACCAUCAUGAGCAUUUUUGGCAUUGGCAAAAAGGGCACUGAAUAUGAGCUUUUGAAAAAUUUCAGGGGCGUGGUUAAGCCUGGUGAGAUGGUGUUGGUUCUCAGCAAGCCGUCGGCUGGCUGUAUGACAUUCCUUAAGACUUUCGCGAAACGGUUCAGGGGCGAGGCAGUAUAUAACCAGGAAGACGAUAUCCAUCACCCUACUCUCACUGUCGCUCAGACUCUUGGGUUUGCCCUAGAUACAAAGACUCCAGGCAAGCGGCCCAUUGGCAUGUCAAAGGUUGAAUUCAAGGAAAAGAUCAUCAACCUCCUGCUCAAAAUGUUCAAUAUUGAACACACUGCAAACACAAUCAUUGGCAACCAAUUCAUACGCGGCAUUUCUGGUGGUGAGCGGAAAUGUGUGAGCAUUGCGGAGAUGAUGAUCACUUCCGCCACUGUUCUUGCUUGGGAUAAUACUACUCAGGGUCUCGACGGGACAACCGCUUUGGAUUAUGCAAAAGCUAUUCAAAUCAUGACUAACAUUUACCAGACCACGACGUUCAUCUCACUUGCUCAGGCGUCAGAAAACAUCUAUAGCCAAUUCGAUAAGGUCAUGGUUCUAGAUGAAGGACACCAAGUCUUUUUUGGCCCCGCAUCUGAGGCCCGUCAAUAUUUUGAAGAUCUGGGCUUCAAAGAGAAGCCCCGCCAAACUACUCCUGACUAUUUGAUAAGCUGCACUGACCGCUUCGACAGAGAAUACAAGGAAGGCUGCAAUGAGGAAAAUAACCCGUCAACACCGCAGGCGCUUGCUGAGGCGUUCGAUAAGUCCAGAUUUAAUCAGCAACUGAAAGAUGAGAUGGCCGAAUAUCGCGCCAAUCUCGAAGUUGACAAGCACGUUUAUUCAGACUUUGAAAUCGCCAAUCGCGAAGCAAAGAGAAAGUUUACCCCAAAAUCUUCGGUUUACUGUAUCCCUUUCUAUCUCCAGGUCUGGGCUCUCAUGCGUCGUCAAUUCCUCAUUAAAUGGCAGGACAAAUUUGCGCUGACCGUUGCUUGGAUAACUUCAAUUACUAUUGCUAUGGUUCUCGGUACCGUUUGGCUGAAACUACCAAAAACCAGUGCUGGCGCUUUCACUCAGGGUGGCUUGCUUUUCAUAUCUUUGCUCUUCAACGCUUUCCAGGCAUUUUCAGAACUGGCUUCAACCAUGAUAGGACGCCCCAUUGUGAACAGGCAUAGAGUCUUCAGCUUCCACAGGCCCAGCGCUCUGUGGAUUGCUCAAAUCAGCAUAGACCUAGCGUUUUCAUCCGCGCAGAUCUUGGUUUUCAGUAUCAUUGUGUAUUUCAUGUGCAGCUUGGCAUUGGAUGCGGGUGCAUUUUUUACAUUCGUCAUCGUCAUCAUCCUUGGAUAUCUUGCAAUGACCCUAUUCUUUAGAACUGUCGGUUGCAUAUGCCCUGAUUUCGACUAUGCAAUGAAAGGCGUUUCGAUUAUUCUCACAUUGCUUGUUUUGACAGCUGGAUAUCUUAUUCAGUGGCAGAGCAGUCAAGCUUGGCUCCGGUGGAUCUUUUACAUCAAUGCUCUUGGGCUGGGAUUCGCAGAAACUCUUAUUCCAGCAGGGCCAGGCUAUAGCAACAUUGCACAUCAAGCCUGUACCCUUCCUGGUUCUGAGUCUGGAUCCAGGAUAAUAUCCGGAACAGAUUACCUGAAUGUUGAAUUUAGCUACGAUGUCAAAGAUAUGUGGAGAAAUUUUGGUAUUAUCAUCAUCCUUAUUCUUGCCUUCCUCUUCACGAACUCAUUCCUAGGCGAGACUGUCAACUGGGGAGCGGGGGGUAAGACCAUCACCUAUUUUGCAAAAGAAACUCCUGAAUUGAAAAGGUUGAACGAAGAUCUCAUGAAGAAAAAGAAAAAGCGGCAGAACAAGGAAGUCGAUGAGACAGAGAGUGAGCUUAAGAUCGAAUCCAAGGCUGUUCUGUCAUGGGAAAACCUGAACUAUGAUGUUCCAAUUCAAGGUGGUACAAUCCGCUUAGUUUGCUAUGAUUUUGGAUAUGUCCGGCCGGGAACGCUCACAGCCUUGAUGGGCGCAAGUGGCGCUGGCAAAACAACAUUGCUUGAUGUUUUGGCUGCUCGUAAAAACAUCGGAGUCAUCAGUGGAGAUGUUUUGAUCAAUGGUCGCCCCCCAGGCACAUCGUUCCAGCGUGGCACAGCGUAUGCGGAGCAACUUGAUGUGCACGAACCCACACAGACUGUCCGGGAGGCUCUUCAAUUUUCAGCUCUGCUUCGCCAACCAUACGAGACCCCGGAGACUGAGAAGUUUGGGUAUGUGGAAGAAAUCCUAUCACUGCUUGAGCUGGAAACCCUUGCAGAUGCGAUCAUCGGCGAUCCAGAAACGGGACUCUCAGUCGAGGAGCGGAAGCGUGUCAUCAUUGGAGUGGAACUUGCAGCGAAGCCAGAGCUUCUGCUUUUCCUUGAUGAGCCGACAUUCAAUGUUGUCCGCUUCCUGCGCAAACUCGCUGACGCUGGCCAGGCUAUUCUGUGCACCAUUCACCAGCCUAACUCUGCGAUCUUUGAAACUUUCGAUCGCCUGCACCUCCUUCAAAAAGGCGGAGAGUGUGUUUACUUCAGAGACAUUGGCAAGGAUGCACAUGUUCUUUUGGAUUACUUCCGACGGAACGGGGCUGACUGCCCCCUCAAUGCUAACACUGCAGAAUGGAUGCUCAAUAUGAUUGGAGCUGGACAGUCACCACACGUAGAACCCCGGGAUUGGGGUGAUAUCUGGCGUGACUCUCAUGAACUAGUCAAGGUUAAAGAAGAGAUCGCCACUAUGAAAGCAGAGCGAAUACAGUCGGUUCAGGAUGAGACAGCGGAAUUAGAAAAAGAAUAUGCCACUCCCCUACUGCACCAGAUCAAGGUCGUCCUCAAACGAACCAACUUGUCCUUUUGGCGAUCACCCAAUUACGGAUUUACGCGUCUGUUUAGCCAUGCAGCUUUGGCAUAG